AUGCUCGACGAUGGACCUAGACUUUACUUGGCCACAUCGGCUUUGGCGCUGGCUAUCUUUAGUUGUUAUCGAAACUAUUGGAACAAGCAGUCGGGUCCCCCACUCCCUCCUGGUCCUAGGCCCCUCCCAAUAGUGGGGAAUGUUCUAAGUCUUGAUGCCGCUCAGCCUUGGCUGACUUUCAAUGCCUGGAAGUCCACAUAUGGUGACAUCAUUUAUACUCGUCUGCUUAACAAGCCUGUGAUCGUGAUUAACUCUGAGGAGGUUGCAAAGGACCUCUUUGAAGAGCGUUCCAUCAUAUAUUCAGAUAAACCCCAGUCCUUUGUUUACCCACACUUUGCUUCGGACUUCAACCCAGCGUUUUUGCCAUAUGGAGACAGGUGGCGCCUUCACCGACGAAUUUAUCAUCGGGCAUUUCGUCAAGCUGAAAUACCUACUUACCAUGCUGUGCAACUGCGUUCCGCCCACAAAAUGUUGUUCAGUUUUCUACAGGAUCCUAGCGACUAUUCAAGACAUUUUGAGAUGUUUAGCGUUUCCUUUAUACUGCCUAUAACAUAUGAUUAUGAACCGAAAGCCAAGGAUGAUCCCAUCGCCCACAUCAUGGAAAGGUACUUGGAUCGGGUAAACGCAAUUUUGACGCCAGGUGUUACUGUGAUACUCGAAACAUUCCCUUUCCUUUUGAAGCUACCCAGCUGGUUUCCUGGUGCCACAUUCAAGCGAGCGUCACUAGAGUGUCUCAAGGCAGGCCAUGAUAUAAAGGAGAUACCCUUUCAAAUGGUCGAAGAGAGAAUGUCUACCGGCAUCACGGCGCCUUGCUUCGUGGCUGAUACCUUGAGCAGGAUGAGGCUUUCUGAAGAGGACGACGCUGUCAUUACAGCUGCAGUCAAGGAGACUGCUUGUAUGACAUUCGCAGGGGCAUUUGAGACGACUACUUCCACGUUACUUAUGUUCAUUCUUGCUAUGGUACUCAAUCCAGAGGUACAGGCCAAAGCGCAAGCAGAGAUUGAUCGAAUCGUUGGCAAAGAUAGACUCCCCGGUUUCAAUGAUAGACCAUCGUUGCCUUACGUUGACGCUAUUUUGCGUGAAACACUGAGAUGGCACCCCGUGGUUCCGUUUGGCGUCCCGCGCACAACAACAACCAGCGACAUCUACAAAGGCUACUUCAUCCCUAAAGGUUUGGCAAUGACACACGAUGAAAAGAAGUACCCCAGUCCUGAUGAAUUCAAACCGGAAAGGUUUCUUCAUGAAUAUGGGUCGCUCACCAGCGACACGAUGCCUUUAGGCUUUGGCUGGGGUCGCCGGAGCUGUGUGGGACGGUAUGUCGCGGAUGCGGCACUCUGGAUCGCGAUCACGAGCUUCCUCGCCAUGUUCUCAGCCCACAAGGCCCUUGAUGAACACGGCAUGGACAUCCCAGUCGUUCCGAAGUUCUCUCCGGGUCUCAUUAUUCAUCCGGAGAAAUUUCCCUGCCGCAUUGUCCCGCGAUUCCCCGAUACAUCUGUGGAGACACUGACACACUUGACCGGAUUAGAUCCGUGUGUCAACAUCGCCUGA